CACAUCACCUGUGCUUAAAAAAACUAGUUAGUGUUGAAUAGUCGGCGAGUAGAGUCGUCAAACAAAAUGAAGACUUUUAUAUUAUUUUCAGUUUUGGCUUUUGCCGUAAUGGCAUCGGGCGACGAAAAAGAACUCGAAAACCUUCUUUAUGAAGGUAACAAUAAAUUAACAGCACGAAUGUUUACUGAAGUAGCAAAAACGAACUCAGGGAAGAGUUUCGUGUUAUCUGCAUACUCGGUGUUGACGCCCCUCGCUCAGCUGAGCUUGGCCUCGGUGGACGAGGCACACGAUGAACUGCUGGAAACAAUUGGAAUGCCCAAUGACAACACGACAAAAGAAGUAUUUUCUCUGGCGAAUGCAAAAGUACGGGCCCUAAAAGGAAUAACUUUAAAGACGGCAAGUAAAAUAUACGUUGCUGACAAAUAUGAACUAAACGAUAAAUUUGCUGAAGACACUCGAACUAUCUUCGGGUCCGAAGUUCAAAGCAUAAAUUUUCUAGAAAGUGAAAAUGCUGCAAAUGAAGUGAACGCCUGGGUAGAAGAGCAGACCAAUAACCGUAUUAAGGAUUUAGUUGAUCCUGAAUCCCUUACUGCAGACUCCAGGGCUCUUUUAGUCAACGCUAUAUAUUUCAAGGGUAUUUGGAAGUACCAGUUUGAUAAAAGUCGUACCCUAGACUACACGUUCCAUGUAAACAAGGAUGCCACAACCCAAGUUCGCAUGAUGUACAGAAAGGGAGACUUCAGAUAUGCACAGAGUCACGAACUGAAAUCUCAGAUAAUCGAAAUACCAUACAAAGGCGAUGAAUCAUCUCUUGUGAUUGUGCUUCCCCUAAACAUGCAGGAUAGCAACGAAGUUCAAGAAAUACUUAAAGACCCUAACGUUAUAGAAAAAGCCCUAAAAAAUAUGUAUGAAACUGAAGUCGAACUAUACCUACCUCAGUUUAAAAUUGAAACGACCACUGAUCUUAUAGAAAUACUUACAAAAAUGAAUGUGAAGAGAAUGUUUGAUCCAGACAGAGCUAAGUUAUCCAACCUUCUAAAAGGCACUGCUGAUUGUUUAGCCAUAGACUCGGCUAAACAGAAAGCUUUCAUAGAAGUCAAUGAGGAGGGUGCCGAAGCGGCUGCUGCUAACGAAUUUGGAGUAGCAUACAUUACAUCAGUAGGUUUUCAACCUCAAGUCAUCAGAUUUAUAUGCGACCACCCAUUCUUCUUUUACCUACGUGGAAGACAAUAUACCUUAUUCAAUGGAGCCUACUACUCUUCCUAAGUAUUUACCUAAUAGCAAUUUAAACAAUAAUAUAAUGAUUUCAUCUGAAGUUAAAAACUUAUCACUAGAUUUAUGGAUAGAAUAUAACUUCUUAUCGCUAGCUCUAAAUCACAGUCUAGAUCAAUGAAAGUUUUUAAUGUACCUACUUCUUGUAUUAUACUUUGCACAAAAUAUUAUAAAGGGAAUAGUAUGUUUCAUUACAAGUGUGGAAAGACUGUCAUUGCAAAGAGUUCCGACAAAUGUCUACCCGAGCCGAGGCGCAGCCGAAGGCGAGGGUAGACAGUCGGAAUAAGUAGCAAUGACGGACGGUUCCGUACGUGUACUGAACGACUAUUUUUAA